AUGCCUAAAAUAGAUGGAGUCGAUGAUGAAGAUAGCUGCGAUCCCUGUGACUUCGACAUAGCUGGAUGCGACCCAUGUGGCUGUGAUACUGAUGGCUGUGACUCGAGUGGCUGUGAUAUGGAUGGGUGCGAUCCAUGUGACUGUGAUAUUGAUGGUUGUGACCCGAGUGGUUGUGACAUGGAUGGAUGCGAUCCACGUGGCUGUGAUGCAGAUGGUUGCGAUCCAUGUGGCUGUGAUGCAGAUGGAUGGGAUCUACGUGGUUGUGAGGCAACUGGACUGUGUAGGCCUCGUGAUGCUGUGGCAGCUCAGUAUAGCCGUGCGGUGGGGGAUAAGACAUAG